GUCGCGUCGCGUCGCGGCGCGGCGCGGCGCGUCGCCACUGCUGCAGAGUAGUAGAGUAACGUGGAGAAAGUCAGUCCGACGUCGGCGCCGCAACAGACGUAUCUCCGGGGUUACCAGUGAUUGACAGGGGAUCAAGAGAGGAUCGAGCGAAUCGUCCGGAGGGAAGCGGCACUCGGCGGUGCACGCAGUGCCUUUUUCUUCCGUUUCCCGUUUUUCCGCGGGCCGUCGCGCCUCAGUCCCGCCCCUUCCGGGUGGCUCCAUCAACCUCUCUCAGUCUGGGUCCCGCGUAGAAGACGCUGCAAAGUGGCCGAGUGACUCUUCCCCGUCGUGGGUACACGCACACACCUGCAUUCUGUCGCGUUUCGAGCGUCUCUUCGCACGACCAGACGUCCCGGGCCGCAGCAUGCUUUCGUCGUCGAGGGCUUUCCCGCCGAUUCUCGCCGUGGCGCUCGUCGUCUGCAUCGGUGUCGCGCAUGGCAUUAGAUGUUACAAAUGCGGACAGUACAACGAGGGGGUCGGCAGCAUUACACCGUGCAUCAAUUACACCGCACACAUGCUGAUGGAAUGUCCAUCCUCGGACGAAUGGUGCAUUAAAUACGUCAGCGAAGGAUCGACGGUGCGGGACUGCGUGUCCACGUGCGUGGAGAAAGAGGCCUGGAGCACGCGGACGUACUGCUGCCAACAGGACGGUUGCAAUUCAGGGCCGUCGUUGACAGCGUCGAGCGGCGCCUACUUCGUCCUGGCGAUCUCGCUGGCGGUCCUCGUGAUGUGCCGAAGCCUUCGUGGCUAAUACGUCGUCCCGCAGGACGGAGGAUCCGCGCCACGAGCGUCACACGGAGCCGCAUAGGUCCUUCUUCAUUCGCGAAAACUUGCACAUGAGGUUUCGGGGGGCGGGGGUGGUGACGGG